UGGGAAUUUCGGAUUUUACACAGGUGGUUGAAUGUUACACUCUGGAAAUGGAAGGAAGGAGAAAUGAUAGCCAGAGGCCUCAGGGAAGCUCUUGAGUCGUGGGGAUCGUCUAGUGUGUGUCACUAUGGAUAAUGCUGCAAACAACAUCCUUGCACUUCAGCUGAAUGAGUGGACAUGCUUACAGUGUUUUGGUCACCAUCUCCACCUAGCCAUUGAGAGGAAUUUGAAACUACCUCAGGUGGAACGAGCAGUUGGUGUCUGCAAGCGAUUGGUGAGUGCCUUCUCCAAUUCAUGGAAAAGACAACGUGAACUGGCCAAGGUUCAAGCAGAAUUGGGCUUACCUGCUCACCAGCUUAUCACAGACACCCGUACCAGGUGGGGCUCCCUACAAAAUAUGAUUAACAGAGUUAUAGAGCAAGAGAAAGCGCUCUCACAGGUUCUCCGUGCAGACAAAAAAACAAGACAUCUAGUCCUAACAUGGCAGGACAUGGAUGUUCUUGAAUCCUUGAAUAAAGCACUGAGUCCUCUCACAGAGUUUACGGAUGCUUUAUCUGGGGAGCAUUAUACCAGUGUGUCAUACUUGAAAGCAGUCCUCCAUCUUUUUAACACUCAAGUGCUUAAGCCUCAGGAUGACGACACACAGCUGACCACCACCAUCAAAGAGGGCAUCCUGAAUUAUUUAAAUGACAAAUAUGAUGACCAAACCAAAGAGGAGCUGCUUGACAUGGCCUCCUUUGUUGACCCUCGUUUCAAAACAACAUAUAUUAAAGAGGAGAAGGUUGCGAACAUCAAGACCAGAGUUAUGUCAGAGCUGGAGAACCUGGUGGCUGAACAGACGGCAUCAGCAGAGGCAGCCCCCCUUCCAUCAGCUGGAGCUUCUAAAGAUGAUCCAGAGGUUUGUGCUAAGAGGCAAAGGAAGAGUUUGAGCAGCUACUUUAAAAAAACAACACAAUGCCAAACAGCCCCUCUGUCAACUAGAGAUUCAGUUGAAAAGGAGCUCAAUCAAUAUCUCCGAACCUUGGAAGCUUGCCCAGAAACAAACCCUCUGGAUUGGUGGAAGCAGCAUGAGGCACAUUUCCCACUAUUGGCUAAGCUGGCUGAAAAAUACCUGUGUAUUCCUGCCACAAGUGCACCCUCAGAGUGGGCAUUCAGUACAAGUGGAAACACUGUAACAUGCCAAAGGUCUGCACUUAAACCAGAAAGAGUUGACCAACUUGUAUUCCUGGCUCUCAACCUUGAAAAGCAAUUCCCUGAGAUUCAGCAAGAUGGGGCAAACGUUUUGAAGCACUGUUUUGCCAAGUUAAUUUUUGUACGCUGUAAUUCCUUCUUGGAAUGUAUUGUUUGCUUGUUAUAGGUUUUAUAUAUUUGUUUUGUCAACCUCAGUUUGCUGCUAUAGUUUAAGCGUGAAAAAAAACAUGUUUACAUUUUGGGUUUUAUACACUAAUGUAUAUGACAGGUCUGUAUUUAUUUUUGUUUGAAUUGUCUUUACUGUUAUUUUCAUAUAAUGCUAAAAUGCAAACCUGGAAAUUUGUGUUUUAUUUAUAUAUUUAAUAUAUUUUUGUCGUAAGCCUUAUUGCUGCUACAGUUUGAAGUACAAUGUUUACAUUUGGUUUUGACAGUUAAUGUUAGACUUGUAUUUAUUUUGUUUAAAGGGUUUAUUGGCCUUAUAUAGUUGUUAGUGCUUUGAUCCUUUUAUAUUUAAUAUAUGUUGUGAGAGUUAUUGCUGCUACAGUUCACAUUUUGUUUAUGUCAGGCAUUUUAUAUAGCAGUAUUUUAUAUUGGCCCUUUAGUAAUUUGUUUUUGAAAAGUGUUUUAUAUUUGAUACAUUAACAUUUUAUGUUUACAUUCUAAG